AGUCUCGGCUCGGCCCAGCCCUGGCCCAGCCUGUCUCCCUCCCUCCUGCUCGGUUCCCACUUUGGCUUUCACCCUUCUUGACUGCGACCGGCGCACUCAGCCUGGCGGCGCGAGAGCCACCAACCACUCCAGGGAGCGAGGGAGACCGCGAGCAAUCGGCCCACCCCAGCCAGCCAGGGCGGGACCCCCGAAGCCCCGAAGGGACCCCUAACUCUCAGCCACGUCCCGAUCUCCGCCCGCCCAGCGACGGCCACUGCCAGGACGUCCCCCCUCAAGGCUGGCCUCCCCGCGCGCGCGCGCUGCGGCGGGGACGUGGGGGCCGCACCUGAGCGCGGGUGCCCGGCGCGCCUGCAUGGGCCAUCGCUGAGAGGCCCUCGACGGAAAGUCCCAGGAGCAGAGUCGGUGCGCACCCGCCCAGGGGAGGGUCAGACCUGGGGGGGCCAGGGCCCCCCAAACUCGGAUCGUAUUCAGCCAAAGUGAGGCGGCGCCAUGGAGCUCAGAGCGCUGCUGUGCUGGGCUUCCCUCGCCACUGCUUUAGAAGAGACCCUGCUGAACACAAAACUGGAAACGGCGGAUCUGAAAUGGGUGACUUACCCUCAGGCGGAGGGCCAGUGGGAGGAGCUAAGCGGCCUGGAUGAGGAACAGCACAGCGUGCGCACCUAUGAGGUGUGCGACAUGAAGCGUCCAGGGGGCCAGGCACACUGGCUGCGCACUGGCUGGGUCGCAAGGCGAGGUGCUGUCCACGUGUAUGCCACGAUACGCUUCACCAUGAUGGAAUGCCUGUCCCUGCCGAGGGCCAGUCGCUCCUGCAAGGAGACAUUCACUGUCUUCUAUUAUGAGAGCGAAGCUGAUACUGCUACGGCCCAUACGCCGGCCUGGAUGGAGAACCCCUACAUCAAGGUGGACACGGUGGCCGCAGAACACCUGACUCGGAAGCGCCCUGGAGCUGAAGCCACAGGAAAAGUUAACAUCAAGACACUGCGCCUGGGUCCUCUCAGCAAGGCGGGCUUCUACCUGGCUUUCCAGGACCAAGGAGCCUGCAUGGCCCUGCUCUCCUUGCAUCUCUUCUACAAGAAGUGCUCCCGGCUGAUCACGAACUUGACCUACUUCCCGGAGACGGUGCCUCGGGAGCUCGUGGUGCCGGUGGCAGGUAGCUGUGUGGCCAAUGCGGUCCCUACCGCCAACCCCAGCCCCAGCCUCUAUUGCCGGGAAGACGGUCAGUGGGCUGAGCAGCAGGUCACCGGCUGCAGCUGCGCACCAGGGUACGAGGCCGCGGAAGGAAACAAAGUAUGCCGAGCCUGUGGCCAGGGAACCUUCAAGCCUCAAAUAGGAGAAGACUCCUGCCUGCCAUGCCCAGCCAACAGCCACACAAAUAACGUUGGGUCUCCCGUCUGCCUGUGUCGGAUUGGGUAUUACCGAGCCCGCUCAGACCCCCGGAGUUCACCUUGCACCACCCCACCCUCUGCUCCAAGAAGUGUGGUUCCCCAACUGAAUGGCUCCUCCCUGCGUCUGGAAUGGAGUGCUCCCCUUGAGUCCGGAGGCCGAGAGGACCUCACUUAUGCCGUACGCUGCCGAGAGUGCCGUCCUGGGGGUUCCUGCUUGCCCUGUGGGGGCGACCUGACCUUCGACCCUGGUCCUCGAGACCUCGUUGAGCCCUGGGUGUCGAUCCGAGGGCUGCGUCCUGAUGUUACCUAUACCUUUGAAGUUGCUGCUUUGAAUGGUGUGUCCACCUUAGCCACCGGGCCACCUCCUUUUGAGCCUGUCAACGUCACCACUGACCGUGAGGGGCGCAUUGGGUUUCUUUCUCCUGCAGUGCCUCCCGCAGUGUCUGACAUCCGAGUGACUCGGUCGUCACCCAGCAGCUUGAUCCUGUCAUGGGCUAUUCCCAGAGCACCCAGUGGGGCUGUGCUGGACUAUGAGGUCAAGUAUCAUGAGAAGGGAGCAGAGGGCCCCAGCAGUGUACGUUUCCUAAAGACAUCAGAAAACCGAGCUGAGCUCCGGGGCCUGAAGCGGGGAGCCAGCUACCUGGUCCAGGUUCGCGCACGGUCCGAGGCUGGCUACGGACCCUUUGGCCAGGAGCAUCACAGUCAGACUCAGCUGGAUGAGAGCGAGAGCUGGCGGGAGCAGCUGGCCCUGAUUGCAGGCACUGCAGUUGUGGGCGUGGUCCUGGUCCUGGUGGUCGUUGUCAUUGCAGUUCUCUGCCUCAGGAAGCAGAGCAAUGGAAGGGAAGUUGAAUACUCGGAUAAACAUGGGCAGUAUCUCAUUGGGCACGGUACCAAGGUCUACAUUGAUCCCUUUACUUAUGAAGACCCUAAUGAGGCAGUGAGGGAAUUUGCCAAAGAGAUCGAUGUCUCCUAUGUCAAGAUUGAAGAGGUAAUUGGUGCAGGUGAGUUCGGUGAAGUUUGCCGGGGUCGGCUGAAGGCACCAGGGAAAAAGGAGAGCUGUGUGGCCAUCAAGACCCUCAAGGGUGGCUACACGGAGCGCCAGAGGCGUGAGUUCCUGAGCGAAGCCUCCAUCAUGGGUCAGUUUGAGCAUCCCAACAUCAUCCGCCUUGAGGGUGUGGUCACCAACAGCGUGCCGGUCAUGAUCCUCACGGAAUUCAUGGAGAACGGAGCCCUGGACUCCUUCCUCCGGCUGAAUGAUGGGCAGUUUACGGCCAUCCAGCUGGUGGGCAUGCUGCGGGGCAUCGCCUCGGGCAUGCGGUACCUGGCCGAAAUGAGCUACGUCCAUCGAGACCUGGCUGCUCGUAACAUCCUGGUCAACAGCAACCUGGUCUGCAAGGUGUCCGACUUUGGCCUCUCCAGAUUCUUGGAGGAGAACUCCUCUGAUCCCACCUACACAAGCUCCCUGGGAGGAAAGAUUCCCAUCCGAUGGACCGCCCCUGAGGCCAUUGCCUUCAGGAAAUUCACUUCUGCCAGUGAUGCCUGGAGCUAUGGGAUCGUCAUGUGGGAGGUGAUGUCUUUUGGAGAACGGCCUUACUGGGACAUGAGCAACCAGGACGUGAUCAAUGCUAUUGAACAGGACUACCGGUUGCCCCCUCCUCCAGACUGCCCCACCUCCCUCCACCAGCUCAUGCUGGACUGUUGGCAGAAGGACCGGAAUGCCCGGCCCCGCUUCCCUCAAGUGGUCAGCGCUCUGGACAAGAUGAUCCGGAAUCCCGCUAGCCUCAAAAUCGUGGCCAGGGAGAAUGGCGGGGCCUCACAUCCACUCUUGGACCAACGGCAGCCUCACUACUCUGCUUUUGGGUCUGUGGGCGAGUGGCUUCGAGCCAUCAAGAUGGGAAGAUACGAAGAAAGUUUUGCAGCGGCUGGAUUCGGCUCCUUUGAGGUGGUCAGCCAGAUCUCUGCAGAGGACCUUCUCCGAAUUGGAGUCACUCUGGCAGGACACCAGAAAAAAAUCUUAGCCAGUGUGCAGCAUAUGAAGUCCCAAGUUAAGCCAGGAGCCCCUGGUGGGACAGGAGGACCAGCCCAGCAGUUCUGACCUCCAAGGACUCACCGCCCCGGGGCUGUGGCCAAGUCUUCUUUCCAGGGGCAGAGUUGGGUGGGGACUCACACGAUGAGCCCGUCUCCCUCACCACAGCUUCCCACUGGAUUGCACUUUGAACAGAGGAGGUCGGAGCUGUUAAUCCUGGAGACCCAGGAUUUGGGGAACUGUGCCAUAUGGAGUGAGAAGAAUCACACGUGUGCCUUGGCGGGGAACCCCAAACUCAAGAGUGAAUCUUUUCCUCAAGACUGGGCAAAGAAACAUCCCUACAUCUCUAAUCUCCCAUCUUCCCAGAGGGCUCUCUCCCCAAGCGCCUUCUACCUUAACGGGCAUGUCCCUGCAGACCAAAGAGAAAGGGUGACCAGCCUGCCAACUUGGGAGUGGAAAAUGCCAUCCCAGGAGGCAGGAAGGGUCUGUCAGGACCCGGUGAUGUAAUCAUUGGAUUUUGAUGUCCCAACUUGCUGUCACCACCAAAGGCAAUCAUUUUUCCCUUGUAAAUGCCCCUCCCCUCAUCGGCCUUCAUAUUGAAGGUUCUGAAGUUUUACUAUUUUUUAUUUGGUUAUUUUUUUCCCUCCUUUUCCCCCCCUCCUUGUCCAGAUUUUGUGCAUUGAAGGGUACCUGGUUCCACUAUCUCCUGUUGGGAAUAAGGACCCAUUGGUGUAUGUUCUAGAAACAGUGCUUUCGACAGUUCUUCCUCCUUCCCUCCCCCCAAGUGCCCCCAAGCUGUGUUGUGAGUGGAGGGGAGGGGCUGAUGUUGUAAAAGGGACAGGAGGGUGGUGGCAGUCAAGAGGCAGACAACAGUGCUUGGAAGGGGGUUCUUAAAUUAUAUUUAAAAAGAAACUUUUUUUGUAUAAAUAAAAGAAAAUGGGAUAUGU